AUGGAAGGUACGCUGGGCGACGGAUCCACGACAGGACUUGCCGGGGACGCUAUUGAACAAGGUGAUGGCAAUAACAAUAGCAGCAGCACGAACGUGACGACAACUGCUACUACAAAUACAGACCUUGGCGACGAGAAGCAGCAGCAACAAAGCGAUUCUUCGAAGGAUGAAGAGGCUGACACAAACACGGGCGACGCGGGGAGCGAUGUGGCAGCAGUGCCAGCAGCACAGCAACCGUUUAUAGCGGAAGGUAAACCGGACCCUCCGAAAACAAUCUCUGUGGAAGAAGACGACGAUCAGGUUUUGUUCGGCCAAGAUCAUAAUGAUAGCGAUAACUUGUUUGGCGAAACAGAGAGCUCUGUUUCGAAUAACGAGACAAACACUCCCGAUAUAGCUAUUAAUUCUGUGGAGAAGGAUAACAAUAAGCUUGCUGAAAAGAAGGAUGGCGUGAUACAAGAUUCGAGUAAUGACAUAAAGGACAUAGAGGAAGAAAAGGUACAGACGAAAGAAGGAGCAACGGAGAAUGAAGAAAUUGACAGUGUCAAAGAGGAGGAGCCAACUGAAAAGGCAGAGGAUAUGGACGAGGACGAAGACGAAGACGAUGAUGACCAACCGAUGAUGAGUCCCGACAACUCUAUUUUUGGAGAUACAAAGAGUGAGACCAAACAGUUAGAUAAUGCUUCGUCGUUCGUUGAAACACCAUCUGAAAUUUCGGAUGCGCAUAAAAAUGUCCAGGAAGAAACUAUAAAUAAAACGGAAGAUAUCAAUGAAAAAGAAGAUGCAACCGAAGAGGGAAACGAGCAUGCAAAGGAUAAUAUAAAUGGCCACCCAGAAGAUGCCGAAACCAAAAUAAAGCUCACCACUAAAACAGAACCAGAAACGUUCGAUAUACCGCAAGCACAUGAAAUUGUUAUUCCAAGUUAUUCUAAAUGGUUUAGUCUAGACAAGAUUCAUUCCAUUGAGAUUCAGUCGCUACCUGAAUUUUUCACAAACAGGAUUCCAUCAAAGACACCGGAGGUCUACAUGAGAUAUAGAAAUUUCAUGGUAAAUUCUUAUAGAUUGAAUCCAAAUGAAUACUUUAGUGUCACAACGGCGAGAAGAAAUGUCUCUGGUGAUGCUGCUGCAUUAUUCAGAUUACAUAAAUUCUUAACUAAAUGGGGGCUAAUAAACUACCAGGUCGAUUCUAAGCUACUACCCAAGAACAUAGAACCUCCACUAACAUCUCAAUAUUCCACAAGGCAUGAUGCCCCCAGGGGACUUUUCCCUUUCGAAAGUUACAAACCAUCCGUACAAUUACCAGACAUGGCUAAGCUUAAAAAAAUGAUGAACACUAGCGAUUCUGAAAGUACUUUGUAUAAAUAUUUGAAGGAAAGUAAAAGAAAAUACGAUGAUAUAUCGCGUUUAUCGAACACGCCAGAUAAUGAUAAUGGCGAUAAAAGCAAUAAGAGUAUAGAAAAAUCACCUGAUGAGUCUGAUGAGAAUUUAUUGGAAUACGACGAAACUUCACGUCCUCUGAAAAAAAUAAAAAUUCUGGAACAAAUUGACAAGAAUUGGUCAAAGGAAGACUUGCAGAAAUUAUUAAAGGGAAUACAGGAAUUUGGUGCUGACUGGUAUAAAGUGGCUAAGCAUGUAGGCACUAAGUCACCCGAACAAUGUAUCCUGCGCUUUCUUCAGUUACCGAUUGAAGAUAAGUUUUUAUACGGUGACGGCAAUACCAAGGGCGCUAAUGAAAGCGGAUUGGGACCAUUGAAGUAUGCUCCUCAUUUGCCGUUUUCUAAGGGCGAGAAUCCGGUCUUGUCAACAAUAGCAUUUUUGGUGGGAUUAGUCAAUCCAAAGACUGUACAAGCCAUGACUCAAAGAGCCAUCCAAUCUGAAGAAACAAUAGAAUCUCAAAAGAAGGAAAUUUCAGAUAAAGGAUCGUUUGAAAAUGUUAAAGAAGGUUCAGAAAUUGCUCUAUCAUCGUUGGGCCUAAGAAGCCAUGUUUUUGCCACCCAUGAGGAGAGACAAAUGAAUUUAUUAACAAAUGAAUUGAUCAGAUUGCAAAUGGAAAAACUAGACUCAAAACUAAAUCACUUGAAAAAAAUAGAGAGUUUUAUGGAGUUGGAAAGGAAAACUUUAGAAAGACAACAAGAAAACCUACUAAUCCAAAGGUUGAACUUUAAUCAGAAUUCCAACAAGAUUGUUAACGUCCUAACCAAAUGCUUGAAUUCAAUAUCGGACAGCAAUAUUGAUAAUAGCUCAAUGGCGGAUAGGGACGAAAUCAGGUCGCAGAUAAACCACUUUCGAAACAUGUUAUCCAAACCCGAAAGUUUAAGUAUUGGAAAGAAUCCUUUCGGAAAGUCCAAUAUUGAAACAGGCGAGGCCCUUAAUGAACAAAACACAUCUAACGAAAAUGACGUCAAACCGAUUUCCAUCGAAGCACCCCAAUUUUACAGAUAUUGGUCGGCAUAA